UUCGAUGUGAUGGGGAAUCUGAAAAAUUUUGCAAAAUUUUUUGUAACUAAACAAGGCCCUGAUUUGGAUUCAUGGUCACGGAUAGGCAGCGUCAUUUUGUGUUUUGAGAUUUUGCUGUAAUUCUUUAUUGUUUGGAAGCAACUUCCACAAUACCAUGACCACACACAUGCUUGACACAGCUACCGGCUACCGCUAGCUCAAGCUAAGCUUCAGACGGGCUAGGCUCCGAGAUGUCGUCACGGCGGCCGCACUUCCUAGUGUUCACGUACCCGCUCCAGGGCCACAUCGCCCCGGCGCUCCGCCUCGCCAGGCGGCUGCUCGCCGUCGCGCCCGACGUGCUCGUCACGUUCUCCACCACCAUUGCCGCGCACAGCCGCAUGUUCCCGGCGGCCAAGUCGACGGACGAUGUCGAAUGCGGCGCCGAGGAAGAAGACGGCCGCCUCGAGUUCCACCCGUUCUCCGACGGCACCAAAGGCGGGUACGCCGGCGGCGGGAGCGGGAGCGGGAGCGGGAGCGGCGACGUUGCGGAGUUCAACGCCUACAUGGCGUCCUUCCACGCCGCGGGCGCGCGCAGCGCCGGGGAGAUCGUGGACGCGCUGGCGGCGCGGGGACGCCCCGUCUCCCGCGUCGUGUACACGCUCAUGCUCCCGUGGGCCGCCGACGUCGCGCGGGAGCGCGGCGUCGCGUCCGCGCUCUACUGGAUCCAGCCGGUCCUCGUGCUCGCCAUCUACCACCACUACUUCCACGGCUACGCCGGCGUCAUCGCCGAGCAGUACCGCCGCGGCGACCCGUCGUUACUCGUGGAGCUCCCGGGCCUGCCGCCUCUGGCGGUCAGAGACCUGCCAACCUUCCUCACCGAGUCCACCGACCCCGGCGACUACUUCCACACCGUCUUCCUCACGUUCCGCGACCUGUUCGACACCCUCGACAGGGAGACUUCCAAUUCCACGGCCACCAUCCUCGUCAACUCGUGCCAAGAGCUCGAGGUGGGCGCGCUCGCCGCCAUUGCGCCACAUGACGUGCUCCUGCUCCCGAUCGGUCCGGUGCUCCCGACGGGUGACGAGGAGACGAGCAUGUUCAAGGAGGAGGAUGCUGCCAGGUACAUGGAGUGGCUCCACAGCAAGCCGCCGAACUCCGUGGUGUACGUCUCCUUCGGGAGCCUGGCAACCAUGGCGAGGGAGCAGGUCGAGGAGCUGCUUCUUGGCCUCGAGGAGAGCGGGAGGCCGUACCUGUUGGUGGUCCGGAAGGACAACAGGGCGAUGCUCGCGGAAGAAGCCGAGACGACGGAGCUGGGCGAGCGUGCCAAGAACGGCGUAGUGGUGGAGUGGUGUGACCAGGCGCACGUGCUGUCGCACCCGGCGGUCGGGUGCUUCGUCACGCACUGCGGGUGGAACUCGGUGGCGGAGAGCGUGGCGAGCGGCGUGCCCAUGGUAGGUGUGCCCAAGGUGUCGGAGCAGAGCACCAACGCGCGGCUCGUCGAGCGCGCGUGGCGCGUCGGCGUGCGCGCGCAGGCGGACGGUGGUGGCGUGCUGCGCGCGGCGGAGCUGCGGCGGUGCGUCGAGGAUGUCAUGGGGGACGGGACGGCCGCGGCGGUGGUGAGGCGCAUGGCAGCGGAAUGGAAGCGGGUUGUUGCCGAGGCUAUGGGAAAAGGAGGCUCGUCCUACUGUAAUCUCAUGGCAUUUGUUGACGGUGCAAGGAGCAGCGCUUGAAGGGGGGGACAUGUGCCGCUGUCAUCCGUCGGAAUUCAGUCGGUGAAAUCAUGAACCGUGUGUCAUGUGCAGGGGCGGCAUCACUUGAAGAGUCGGAUGGCACCGAUCGAGAGCUGUCAUGGUCCCGGGAAUCAAGGCCUUGUUUUGUGAAAACUCAUUUGUACUAGUCCUUGUUUAGUUCCGAAAAGUAAAAAGUUUUCGGUAUUGUAGCA